ACCCAGGGGAAAGAUGUCCCCUCUCUGCCCUUGGACUGUCUGGACAACAUCAGCAGCGAUGAUCUGAAGCGGUUCCAGUCCCACCUGCGUCAAGGUGUGCCGGGAUAUAAGCCCAUUCUAUGGAAACACCUGGAAAGAGCAGACAGGACUGACACUGUGAACGCCAUGUUGGAACACUAUCCUGCCGACAGUGCUCUGACGGUCACACUGCACAUCCUGAGGGAGAUGAGCCUGAACAAUGAGGCUCUGACACUGGCUAGGAAAAUGGGGAGAGAGCUGCCCAUAGGGGGUCCAAGGCCCAGAGUGACCCCCCCACCUCCUGCAGGACCAAUCCAAGGGGGCACCGCUGACAUUAAACCACCCCCCGCAGGACCGACCCAAAGGGGCACCACUGACAGCAGACCACAGCCAAUGGUGGCAUGUAGUAGCCCUGAUGUGACAGCCAGGACAGUCCAGGAGAAAAUUCGAUCCAAGCUGAGGAUGAGGUUCCAACGCAUAUUUGAAGGGAUUCCUAAGAAGGGACAGUCGAAUCUGCUCAUCAAAGUGUACACAGAAGUCUUCAUCACUGAGGGUGCAGGUGGACAGCUAAACGUUGAGCAUGAGGUGUGGAACGUGGAGGCAGACUACAUAAGAACAGACACGCAGGACAUGCCUGUCAAAUGCAAUGACAUUUUCAAGCUCUUACCUGGACGAGAGGACUCCAUCCAAUGUGUUUUGACUAAGGGGAUAGCUGGCAUUGGCAAAACAGUCUCUGUGCAGAAGUUCAUUCUCGAUUGGGCUGAAGGUAAAGCGAACGAGGACAUUAGCCUGAUAUUUCCUCUCCCGUUCCGAGAGCUCAAUCUGAUGAAGGAGAGGUUCAGCCUGCUGGGGCUCAUUCAGCACUACCACCCAGAGAUGAAGGGCUGCGAGAGCAUCGACUUGAACAACAGGACGGUUCUGUUCAUCUUUGAUGGUCUGGACGAGUGUCGACUCCCCUUAGACUUCCAAAGCAAUGGGAGCUGCUAUGAUGUAACGGAAUCAACAUCAGUGGACGUGCUGCUGACAAACCUCAUCAAGGGGAAUCUGCUUCCCUCUGCCCUCCUCUGGAUCACCACCCGACCAGCAGCAGCCAAUAAGAUCCCCCCUGAGUGCGUCCACAGGAUGACAGAGGUGCGAGGUUUUAAAGACCAACAGAAGGAGGAGUACUUCCUGAAGAGAUUCAGUGAUGAGAAACUGGCCAACAGAAUUAUCUCACACGUGAAGUCAUCCAGGAGUCUCUACAUCAUGUGUCACAUACCAGUCUUCUGCUGGAUUUCAGCCACUGUUCUUGAGAGAAUGUUGGACAAACCAGAGCAGAAAGAAAUCCCUAAGACUCUCACCGAAAUGUACACCCACUUCCUGUUGAUUCAGACAGCUAUAAAGAACCAAAAGUACAAGGGAGAUUAUAAUAAAAACCCAAAAGAAAUUCGGCAGCAAGAUAAAGAAAUUAUUGUUAACCUUGGGAAGCUGGCUUUUCAACAGCUACAAAAGAAUAAUCUCAUAUUUUAUGAGGAAGACUUGAGCGAGGCUGGCAUUGAUGUCAGUAAAACGUCAGAGUACUCUGGGUUAUGCACAGAAAUCUUCAAAGAAGAGUUUGGAAUGUACGAGGAGAAGAUGUACUGCUUUGUGCACCUGACUAUUCAGGAGUACCUGGCUGCUUUGUCUGUGCACCUCUUCUAUACAAACAACCAGGAAAAUCCAUUAAAUCUGGACACAUCGGAUGUGUCAUUGAUCAAUGAAGAUGGCAGCAUAAAGUUAUCUGUGGUGCACAGGAGUGCAGUGGACCAGGCCUUGCAGAGUCACACUGGGCACCUGGACCUUUUUCUCCGUUUCCUCCUCGGCAUCUCUCUGGACUCCAAUCAAGCUCUUCUUAAGGGGCUACUGACACAGACAGGAAACAGCUCACAGAACAUCAAGGAAACGGUAAGAUACAUCAAGAAUAAGAUCAGUAAGAGUCCCUCACCAGAGAGGACCAUCAAUCUAUUCCACUGUCUGAAUGAACUGGAUGACCACUCUCUGGUGGAGGAUAUCCAGAGCUACCUGGAGUCAAACAGUCUCUCUGAGCAAAAGCUGACUCCAGAUCAGUGCUCAGCGCUGGCCUACGUGCUGCUUAUGUCAGAGGAGGAGCUGAAAGUGCUUGAUUUGAGGAUGUACAACUCCACUUCUGCUGGAUAUCGCAGACUUCUUCCGGUUCUCAAGCACAGUAGGAAGGCACUGCUGCAGUACUGUGACCUCACUCCAGCCAUCUGUGACCUGGUUAGGUUGGUCUUGCAGUCUCCCAACUCCCUCCUGAGAGAGCUGGACCUCAGCUGUAACAGUAAGCUGGGGGACAAAGGUGCCAAGCUGCUCUGUGCUGGACUGCUGACUCCUCAGUGUAGGCUGCUCAAUCUGGGGCUCGGAGAUUGCAACCUCACACAGAGCUGCUGUGCUGAUCUGGCCUCAGUCCUGCGCUUGCCCCACUCAGAGCUGAGAGAGCUGGACCUGAGGGGAAAUGACCUGCUGGACUCUGGAGUGAGAGCGCUCUCUGCUGGACUGGAGGACCCACGCUGUAAACUGCAGAGGCUGGGGCUGUCAGGCUGCCAAAUCACAGAAGAAGGGUGUGACGUCCUGGCUUCCGCCCUGUGCUCAAACCCUUUGUUUCUGAGAGAGCUGGAUCUGAGCUACAACCACCCGGGGGACAGAGGAGUGAGAGCGCUCUCUGCUGUACGGGAGGACCCCAGCUGUAAACUGGAGACGCUGAAUGUGGAGCAUGGUGGAGAGUUCAGGCUUAAACCAGGGCUGCACAAAUACGGCUGUCGGCCCACGCUGGACGCCGCGACCGCCAACCCGGGCGUUUCCGUCUCCGCCGACGGCGGGAGGAUGUACCAGAAGGUGGCGCUGCAGAGGACCGGCGACCCGGCCAGGUUCGAGGACGCCGCUCAGGUGCUGUGCGCGGAGAGCGUGACCGGCCGCUGUUACUGGGAGGCGGAGUGGGAGGGGGGCUUUGCGGACGUGGGCGUGGCCUACAGCGGGAUCCCCAGGAAGGGCAUCGACAGCGGUCUCGGGCUCAACGACCAGUCCUGGAACCUGCGCUCCGACCCGCAGGUGUUUGUGGCCUGGCACAACGGCAAGAGCACCAGCAUCGCCGUCCCGGCCUCCCGCCGCGUCGGGGCGUACCUGGACUGGCCGGCCGGCACUCUGGCCUUCUACAAGAUCACCCCCAAAGGGCCUGUCCACCUGCACACCUUCCACACCACCUUCACCCGGCCGCUCUACCCGGCCUUCGGCGUCAGCCAGGACUUCCCCCUGUCAUUGUGGCAGCUGCGCUAGCGGCCCGCGUCCACAGAGGAGGGGCUUACAGGAUGCGCUCCCCCCCUCCUUCCGGUGCCAAAAGUCAAGUGGAUGCACGUGAUACUGAUGAAGCGGGGAAAUACAGCUUGCAUUCGCAUUCCGCGUUUGCUAUUCAGGGCCGCCCCUGUUUUUGACCCGUGAUUUUAGGGUGUCCUCCUCAGCUCAGUGAUCAGCCAAAGGCAAGGGAAAACAGCAAAGAGAUGCAGACACGUAUGAGCUCACUACCAAUAUAAACCAAUAUGGAGAAAGGGCCUGGCCCUGAGCCAUUUGCUUUAGGAUCACCUGGCUGACUGAUCAGCCCAGCAAAGAUGGUGUGAAAGCGUUUUUUUAGGGUGAAGUGGCCCUGUGGAAUAACUCUCAUUCAGAUCACCCCACUGUACUUUCCCCUCAUGCAUCUACGUCUAUGAUCGAUCCUCGUCUCUUCCACUGACAUACAUCUUCAGUCUCUCAGUCUCUCAGGGCAUGACAGCAGCAGGUCUUUGACAUUGACAGUUGAUGCUCUUAACAGAAGGUCAAGGACCUUCUCCUGAUCACUCACAGUUCACAGUUUUGCCAUCAUUGCAUUAUGCAUAUCAUCACAUUGGAAUAAUUAGCAUCUGCCAGUUUAAACAUGCAACUGCUACAGUCAUAGCAAUGAGACAGAAACAUGUAAAAUGUUUUUCACCUCUUUAAAAUGUUUUCAUUUGUUUUUAUUCAUUUUUGAAGCCAUAUGGUUUAUAUGAACAAAUAAAGACACAUGAACCUUACAUCCACGUGUGAGUUACGUUCACUGAUAAAUUUAUAGGGCUUUGUGCCUUUUUUUCAGCUGCGGCCCCCAAACGUAUCGAAUGAAGGACACAUUUUUGAAUUUAUCACUGAACCUCUGUAAGCCAGGUCUCCUACAGAGUAUAAAAGGAAUUAAAAACCUUCCAUGUGAGUAUUUUAUCCACGCAGUAAAAAAUAAUCAACCAAUGAUCCUCUGAGAAGAAAAUGUGAAGGAAAUCAUUUAUGGUGAUUUAUGAGCAUAAUACUCUUGAAGUGAGUCACUUCUGAGUUUGUACUGCUGGUAAUUUGUAAGGUAAUAUGUCAUUGAUGAGCCUUUGAAUUUGCUGUGGCAUUAUGGGAACUGUAGUUCUAGCUUCAAUGG